AUGGCCGAUUCAUUCAAACCCCGAACGCUGAAGCGCAAGAAUGUCAAAGGCCUCGCCCUGAAUGCCGCCCCCAAACCCGAAAACCCUCCCGAUGGCGAUUCUCAGGCCCCCGGUGCCGGUGGGAACUCAGAAAAUCGGACGGAUACCUUGGAGAUUGGUCUGGAAUUUCGUUUAGAUCUCCGGAGUGAGGAUCUAGUCGUGCUGAAGGAACUGGGUGCUGGUAAUGGUGGAACAGUGUCCAAGGUCAUGCACGCCUCGACCAAGGUCGUCAUGGCUCGAAAGAUCAUCCGUGUGGAUGCCAAGGAGAAUGUAAGGAAGCAGAUCUUGCGGGAGCUGCAAGUCGGGCACGACUGCAACUCUCCCAGCAUUGUCACUUUUUAUGGGGCGUUCCAAAAUGAAGCGAGGGAUAUUGUGCUGUGCAUGGAGUACAUGGAUUGCGGUUCUCUCGAUCGUAUCUCCAAAGACUUUGGCCCAGUUCGCGUCGACGUGCUAGGGAAAAUCACCGAAUCGGUUCUGGCUGGCCUUGUGUACCUCUAUGAAACCCACCGUAUUAUGCAUCGUGAUAUUAAACCGUCCAACAUCCUUGUCAAUUCGCGAGGCAACAUCAAGCUUUGCGACUUUGGUGUCGCAACGGAAACCGUCAAUUCCAUCGCAGAUACCUUCGUUGGUACCUCGACUUACAUGGCACCAGAGCGAAUCCAAGGUGGCGCUUACACCGUGCGGUCCGACGUCUGGAGUGUAGGCUUGACAGUGAUGGAGCUGGCCGUUGGUCGAUUUCCCUUCGAUUCAACGGAUACGGCCGCAGGAAACCGUGCUAGUGCUGGGCCCAUGGGUAUUCUAGAUCUUCUGCAACAGAUUGUUCAUGAACCAGCGCCCAAACUCCCUAAAAGCGAUGCUUUCCCUCCUAUUCUGCAUGAGUUUGUCGCCAAAUGUCUCAUGAAGAAGUCAGAUGAGCGACCAACGCCUCGGGAACUUUAUGACCGAGAUGCCUUCCUACAAGCCGCCAAGCGAACUCCCGUCAAUCUUGAAGAAUGGGCCGUCAGCAUGAUGGAGCGACACAACCGGAAGUCAUAUCUGGGACCUGCGGCGCCAAGGUCCCUCAAGGAUAAAGAGAAGGAGAAGGAGAAGGAAAAGGAAAAGGAGAAGGAAAAGGAAAAGGAGAAGGAGAAGGAGAAGGAGAACGAGAAGAAAAAGGAGGAAGAAAAGGAAAAGAAGGAGAGCUCGCGCCCUGCGCCGCCGCCUAAGCCAGUUUCCAGCCAGCUUUCUCGCACUCCACCUUCUGACGAGAUUCCGUUGAAAAUAAACGACACAUCUAGCCGAUACAACUAUGCUCCGUCCAGCUCUUCCUCCCACUCGUCUCGAUCGAACCGGUCCCCGCUCGACCAUGCACCUUUGGUGACGAGAGAUGACGACCCUCGUGUCAGUCGUCCAACUUAUAGCUCUCACGGUAGCCCAACAGCGACAUUAGAUGUCCCUGCCAGGCCGCAGAUGGCGUCGCGAUCUGCCAGUUCAAGUAACAUGCGAUCUCAGGCGGCGCUUCACAACACCACAUUGCCUAUCCGCGCCGCCCCGGCGCCUAACGGAUCCUCUACAUCGGCACAAUCAUCAAGUGGAGGGCCAUGGCGACGAAUGCGCGACAUGAUGGGGGCUGCGCAUGGCAGUUGA